UGCAUGUGUUUUGUUCCAUCAUACUAAGUGAUCUUUACUUACUAGUUGCCAGUUUAUUAAUUACACCAACCUAGUUCCUAUACGAUCAAUUGUCCCAGUAAACUUAGAUUUUUUGGUACACUGUGUAGGUACAAAGUUAAUCAUAGGAAACCACCAUAGGACAACUGCUGACCAGAUAUUAUUGCUGCUGACCUUUUCCAGUAAAGCAGUGACUCUGACAUGGUAGGGGUCUGGUGGUAUGUGUGGUUUUGGUAUGAAAGUAUUGUGCAAAGCACUGUUGCUUGGGAUUUUUCAACACCUCAGUAUAUCAGCUUGGUUAAGUACAGUUCACCAACCAAAGAAAAACUAUCCAGCCAACAGUGUCCUGUGGUCAGAUGAUUAACACAAAUAGAUGAGCUAGUUUUUAAAAACAGUGUACACCAGUUGUCAUCAACCAUCUUUAUUGAGAUCUACCUACCUGCAGGUUUCAUGUCCAACCAAAGUCUAACACACCUGUUUUAGUUGAUCAAGAACUUCUUAAGGCAAUGAUUAGAUGGUCAAGUGGGCAUGAUGGUUGGAGCUAAAGUCUUCAGGAAGGUAGAUCUCCAAGAAAUCCUGUUCCUGGUGACCACUGGUGUACACUUACCAUUCACAUUAUUAGACACACAAUGUUUCAUUUCCCUGCUCGGAGCCACUUAAUUCAACUUAGCAUUUAAUUACAAUGAUUAGAAGGUGUGUUGGGGCCCUGGCCCUCCAGGACUAAAGUUGAGGAACUUUGCUGUAAAUCAACUAAGACAUGUUAAAAUUCUUUGUCACAACACCAGAUGGAAACCUUACCUAUGGUUUUAUUAUGAAUUCUUUGGAAAUGAGCAACCACUUGUGCACAUAUUUUCUAGGAAACAAACAAACAAACAAACACACCUUUAAUCCUAUUUAGUUUGAAUAUUGCUCCUCUGUAUUAUGUUCUGUGUGUUUCAUCAUCACCAUGAUCCCCAGAGGUCUCUAUCUGUGUGUGUGUGUGUGUGUGUGUGAAAUACAUUUACAAUGAAAUAUGCGACGGCUUUCACUGACACACACCUGCCACCAGCAGGUUUCUCGUUUGUCGAUAGAGGGUUAAUCGAUCAGAGCUCCUCGGCAGUCUGUAUAUCUCCUCCCACGCACCCUAUUUAGUGAUACCCCCUGCCCUUAGCUCCACCGCUUUGUGGAAGGGGGGAAAAACCUCAACCUCACUCAGUUCACGCUUACGGAAAGCUCUAAUCUUUGCUGAAGACGACAUGGCUCUGGCGGAUCCACAGCGUGGAGUAACUAACGGUGCUGGCUCAGCGUUUUCGGAAAUUAUCGAACUAAAUGUUGGUGGCCAAGUGUACGUGACAAGACGCGCAACUUUAAUCGCAGUACCGGACUCUCUCUUAUGGGGCAUGUUCAUGAGCACACCAAAGGACUUGGCGCAGGACAGUAAAGGGCGCUUCUUCUUGGACCGGGACGGCUUUCUAUUCCGUUACAUCCUAGAUUACCUGCGGGACCUGAACCUGGUGCUGCCCGAUUACUUCCCGGAGAAGAAGCGUCUGCAAAGGGAGGCCGAGUUCUUUCAGCUGCGAGAGCUGUGCAAGCGCCUGAGUCCUAAAAUGAGCAAGGACGACUCGGUGUGUGAAGAGAGCUGCUAUCAGAGCGAUUCGGAUGAGGUGAUGGCGCACGGUGCAGCGGUUUCCGGUUGGGAUGCGUCGCGCGCGCUUUCCGCACUCAGCAUGACGCCCUUGCCCUCAGCGGAAGUCAGAAAGUCGGGCUACAUCACAAUUGGCUACAGGGGCUCGUACACAAUCGGGAGGGACAUUCAGACCGACGCUAAGUUUAGGCGCGUGGCGCGCAUCACUGUGUGCGGGAAGACGUCUCUUGCCAAAGAGGUGUUCGGGGACACUCUGAACGAGAGCAGAGACCCGGACAGGUCUCCGGAGAGAUACACUUCGCGCUAUUAUCUCAAAUACAACUUCCUGGAGCAGGCUUUCGACAGGCUCACUGAGUUCGGCUUCCGCAUGGUCGCGUGCAGCUCCACAGGGACGUGCGCUUAUACGAGCAACGACCCGGGAGAGGAUAAAAUCUGGACGAGUUACACAGAGUAUGUGUUCUGUCGGGACUAAGACACAUUGGAAAUGUACAGCUCAGUGUGUAUCAUUCAUGUGGAAAUGUACAAACAAUAGUGUAUUAGGUUAUUAGAAGUGAACACUGUAUCACUGAGUUACUUCAACACUAUAGAUGCCAAUUCAUUGUUAUGUGAAUACAGUAGCUCCUUCACAUCACUUUAAUGAUUUACUAAGUUACUGCGUAGUAGUUACAUUAUGACCACUAAAAUUCAGUAAAUACAUGACGUCAGAUAUUAAAGAUGUCGGAUUAUUUCAUAUUGUCCACUAGACUUUAUUUACAGAAACUACACAGCAAAAUCCACAGUGUUGAAUUUACACCCUACACUGUUUAUAUAAGUCCACUGGACACAAAUGAACACUCUUGGUGUUAAUUCAACACUAGGGAUUUUAUUGUGUACAGAGCACACCAGAGGUAAUGGAACUAAAACAAUUUCCAAUUACAUUUUAACCAAUAAUAUCUUUAUGCAUGUGCUCUCAUGCUUGUAAAGAAUUUGAGUAACCUAUUUGAUGAUGUAACGUGUAAUAUGUAAUGUGUUUGAUAUCUGUUUUAGCACAACAUACUAAUUACCCAUUAAGGAAAUUACUGAUUAUUCAUUAGCAUGUGCUUUCCUCGUUUCGCAUUCCUUCACUUUAAACAUUCCGAAAUGUUGUUCUUGUUAGAAAUCAAUGAAUGAAAACUUUUUAAUAUUUAUGAAACGGUUUACUCCUGGCCACAUGUUUGUUAUUAUUAUUAUUAUUAUUAUUAUUAUUAUUAUUAUUAUUUUAAAUAAUUGCACACUGUGCAUU